CGGAAAAGCAAAUGAAAAAUAGAAAAGCACAGCGCAAAGUUUUGGGUGUUCCAAGUAAUUUUGGCAGUGAUUGUAGUAUUUAAAAGACAUGGAAUGGAAGGAUUAGUUGCAAAGAGGCUUGUACAAAGAAAACUGACUAGAAAAUAAAACUGUUCUGAAUGAAGUGUUAAUCAGUAAUGUAAGGGGACUUGUGUACUUUGAGGCGAAUAAACUUUAGUAGACGUCAAGGCGAAGGAAAUUGAUUUUGCUAAGCAACCGGCUAAACAUUGAGUUCUUGAUAUGAUACUUCUUUGUAAGCUUGCUAGAUCAUGAACGGGUGUAGUCGUAGUAUUUGUUAUAGGAGCUUACAUCACAUCGUUUUCAGGCAGCAUGCAACUCAGGGAAUUCGUAAUUUGUAAAAUUUUUAUUUGUUAGUUGAUUUUUUGGCUUCUUUUAUUUAAGAGAAUGCUAUUAUAUAUAAGCAGAUUUGUACAUGCUUUGGUAUAAAGAACAGGACGGUUCUACUAUGCUCUGAGUAUCAGGUAAUCUUUGUUGUUUGUAUCUUUCAACAAUAACUUGGCCUGAUUUUCUUUAUUUAUUAAAAACGAAUUCAAUCUGCCUUUCUAGCUUUGCCGAAUCCUCCCAGCAACUUAACUGUAAUUGGAAUCGGACCAAAAACGCUAAUGAUAACUUGGAAGUUCAAUGGUUCUCAGCCAACCGGCAUGAAUCUGUCGAGUUUCUACGCAUUCUUUAGGAUGAAAGACAGUCCGGUUGGUACCUGGAAUGUGGUUGGAAUUCCCCUUGCGAAUCGUGCGUUCAAUAUAACAGACCUCUACGCUGUAGCAGAAUAUAGAGUGCGAAUGUCUGUGUCGUCCACAUUUGCUGCUGGACCCGCAAGUAAUGAGGUCAUCGGAAAAACCUUAGAAGGAGUGCCUGGGAAGACAGUGCAAGGAUUCCAGAUUCGCGCUACUCAACCUUCUGAAGUUUACGCAGAAUGGGACCAAUAUCCAUACGUUGAUUUCAAUGGAUACCCACGUGGCUUUAUGAUUCGAUAUAAGAAGCAUGGGGAUACUGCAUUUAAAGAGAAAGUUGCUGCAUACGGCAGUUUCAGCGAUACGAUAAAGGGUCUUAAGCCCUUCUCUUUUUAUACAUUCGAAAUAUUGGCAUUUACAAAUGUUGGCAGAGGUCCACCAGUAUCCAAAGUAGUGAAGACGUUGGAAGGCGUACCCGAAAUACCGCCUCCAAAUGUUCAAGCGCAGAGCUACAGUGGUACGGGCAGGACAUAUUUAAAAUGGGGUUCUAUACCAGAUGAAAAAACUAAUGGCGUUUUCAAAGGCUAUAAGAUACAAUAUAGGCUUGCUAGUGUUGGCGGCAGACCUUUAGUGCAGAAAGGGCCUAUUAAAGUGAUCGAAACAGACAAAUUUACUCAUGACUACGAGAUAACUGGACUGCAGAGUUACUCCACGUAUGAAGUCACUGUUUCUGGUUCCACGAAUGCUGGAGAUGGACCAAAAAGCGACGUUCUAACACCUGGUAACUACUGAUAAAACUAUUUGAUUUUUCAAAUCAAUAACAUACAAUUGCUUUAGUAUAAGCUUAAGCCAACGGUUGUUUUGAAGAUUUCAUCUCAACUAGUUAGCUCUAAUCAAAGCCGGGCAUCCUAUAGGUUGUCAGCAACUGAAAAUGUGUGGUCAGAAAACUGCAUAUGAAAAUAAAAAGCUUUACAUACAAUUAGAACGUAGCUAUCUAGUAUUUUACUUGCAUUUGAAUUCAUUUUAGCUCUCUAGGUUUACAUUAUAUUUUCGUGUUGAUCUCUUAAAUCAUUCAGCUCUAUAGACUAGCUGCUCGUAAGUUGUCUAGCAAAAUAUCUUGUUCAGGAUUUUUCAUCCAUCGCUGUUAUUUCA